CCCCCGCGUACGUACAGGUAAACCCUACUUUCGGUUUGUUUUCUUGUCGAGUACAUUGACAGUUUGCUAAAUAAGUCAAAACAAGGCAAAGCCGCUGCUAACUAAGACUGAGAAGGAUGGAGGUGGGAGUGCGGGUGAUACGUGGACCUGACUGGGACCAUGGUAACGAGGACGGGGGGCAGGGGUUUGUAGGGACGGUGAUCAGGAUCUCACGGGAGGAGAGAGCUGCCAUGGUCCAGUGGGAUUACCAUGGCAACGUGACCAAAUGUCUGGCAGAGGGGGAGGAGGGAAAGAACGAGCUCAGGAUAAUAGACAUCCAACAAACAGGCAUUUUCUUCCGCACCAUCACAUGUGACGAGUGUGGACAGCAGGGCUUGACAGGGUUCCGGUGGAAAUGUGUGGAGUGUAAUGACUUUGACCUCUGUACUGCAUGCUACAUGGAUGACAAACACGAUAAAGGUCACGUGUUUGUUAGAUAUGACAGCAGUAUGACAGCAUGCUUCCCUUGUCCAGCUCGGAACAGAAGCAGGAAAACCAAGAUAUUUGGAAUAGGACCCAAUGCUGUUGUAAAAAGGUUCCCACCCGAGCCACAGGGGGAACAGAAAGAGGGUAAAGUGGUGGAAUAUACAAAUUUUGGGAGGUCAAAUAAUGGUGGAGUAAUGGUAGAUUGGUCAGGGACCGUAUCAAAACACAAACUAGGAGCUGAUGGAAAAGUAGAACUCAUAAUGGUGGAACCUUUCCCAGUGGGGGCUGUGUAUGCUGAUCAUCUACCACUAGGAGACUUGUCUUGUGUGAAACCUUCCUACAUCAAUGUUGGAGAUCGGGUACAGGUGAACAUCAACACAGACACGUUUAAACAGCUCAACAAAGAGUUCGGGGGAUGGAACAACGAAAUGGAACAGAUUGUAGGUGAGAUAGGAGUCGUCAAAAAGCUACAAGACAACAGCAGACUCCUGGUCCACUUUGAAGUCUCUGGACGACCCUGGUUGAUCUACAGACAAGCUUGUACAAAGGUGUCGGUCGUCCUGAAGGGGGACGUAAUCCGAGUGAUUGAGGAUGUGAAUCAGAUACAGAGAUUCCAGGGGAACCACGGGGGAUGGCUGGAGGAUAUGAAGGUGCUUCCCGGGAAACUAGGCAAGGUGUUUGAUGUGGACAGAGAUGGGACACUGUACGUGAGAUUCCCCAAACUGGGAGAGUACCUUCUGAGCCCCUCCUGCUGUGUGAAGCAGUACAACCCUCCCGAUCUUCUGUUUGAGGAAGAGGAAGGUGCUGGAGCGAGUGGAAGUCUAGAAUCAGAAGGGAGUACUGCAGCAGCCUCACAAAACAAAUGUGGUAUGGUAUUUGACAUUGGAAUCCGUGUGGUGAGGGGACAGAACUGGUCAUGGGGGGACCAGGAUGGAGGGGAGGGGCACCUAGGGACCGUGGUAGAAAUCGGACACGAGGAGAGUUCUGGCAAGGUGCCCCCGAUGUGUGCUCAGGUCCAGUGGGACAAGGGGUACAGGAACAUGUACAGGGUGGGGUAUGAAGAUCAGUACGACCUCAGGAUCUACGAUACGUCAGCCCUAGGAAUUAAGCAUGACAGACAAUGUACAAACCCGGGCUGUGAGGAACCGGAAAUAUUCGGGAUGUUGUGGCAGUGUGACCAGUGCUCCAAUGUCGUCCUGUGUAGUCACUGUUACCAUAGCGACAAGCAUGACAUUAUCCACAAGUUCACACGGUUUGACUAUCCCAGUCACAAGGGAUGCUCCGUUCCUAAGAGACAGCUGAGCAGCAGACAGAAGGUGUUUGGGAUUUUUGAGGACGCUAAGGUGACUCGCGGAAUUGACUGGAGAUGGGAAAACCAAGAUGGUGGAGAUGGAAAUAAGGGUACGGUGCUCGCUAUUGUGAACUUUACGCUGGACACGGAUCAUGACGGGGUCGAGGUGGCCUGGGACUCGGGUCACACUAAUGUCUAUCGCCUUGGUUACAAAGGCUGCGUCGAUGUCAAGGCCGAGGAAGCUUCCAGUGGAGGGUUCUAUUACAAGGAUCAUCUUCCUAUCUUUAAGCUACCAGAUCAGCCUCGCCCAGGACCAAACCAGGCGGCCAGGGAGGGGGGAGCCUCAGCGGUUGUUCCUCCGGAGGAGGAGGUGAGACUGAAGAAGGGGGACAAGGUCAAGAUAGGGGUGGAUCUAGAUACCCUCCAGAUGAUCCUCAAAGAGUCCAAGAACUGGAACGAGAGAAUCAUAGAGUGUAUUGGAGUGAAUGGAUCAGUGCUGCUUGUCAAUGGACAACAGGUCACGGUGGAUUUUGAUGGCAAAAAGUGGACUCUUAAUGAAAUGGCUUUGGCCAAGAUAGAGCAGUAUGUGAAGGACCAAGUGGUGAAGUUGGAAAGUGAUGCCACAAGUGUACACCAUCUACAGAAUGGCCACGGACCCUGGGAGGAAAGCAUGAAAAAGUUCCUGGGGAAGAAGGGUCGAGUUGUGAGUGUGGAUUCAGAUGGAGAUGUUAUAGUCAGUUUUGGGAUCCAGGAGAUUAAGUUUAACCCGGAGUGUCUGACGCCAUCUAGUGGGAGCCCUGAUGAAUUUAAGGAGGAGGAGACACCACAGAAAGCAGAGGACACAGUAAAGACAGCUGAGGACGUUCCACCACCUCAGGAGGAACGUGUGGUCCAGGACCUCUCAAGUUCUGAGACAGGAAGACAGUAUCUGGGAGAAAGUUCUACCACCACCCAGCUACGCACACCAGAACGUACACCAGAGCGUACACCACAGCGCACCCCUCAGCGCACCCCAGAUCACACGCCUCAGCGUACCCCGCCAAGGUCACGCUCUCCCUCCCCUGAUGAACAGAGAUCACGGAGCUCUUCAGAUGAACGGUCAUAUGAAGAACCAGACUCAGGUGUGAAAGACAAGUUUAAGGUGGCUUUAAAGAAAGGGAAAACCAAAGAGGUGUUAGAAAUGUUACAGAAGACCCCAGCACUCGCACAUUGUUUGUUUGAGAACGGCUACUCUGCCCUGACCUUGGCCUGUGAUCAGGAGAACUGCGAUCCCGCCAUUGUGGAGGCUUUGUUGAAGUUUGGGGCCAAAAUGGACCACCAGGCAGCACCUCCUCUGUUGAUAUCAGUCAGGAGAGGUCAUAAAGAAGUAGUACAACUUCUGCUGGACAGGGGAGCUAACCCUGACAUCACUAACAAUAACGGUCAGACCGCGGUCCACAUAGCGGUACAGCGGGAAAAGAAGGACAUCCUCAGGAUCCUCCAGAAAAAGUCUGACUUCAACAUCACUGAUAAGCUUGGAGACAGUCCUGUGUCUGACGCCAUUACUAUAGGGGACCCUGAAAUCAUAGACAUUGUCUUCAACUGGCCAAGAAUUAACUUGGAGUUUAAAAAUAAGCUGGGUUUCUCACCCAUCCAUCUGGCUGCCAGAAAAGGAGAUACACAUGCUAUGCGGCAGAUCCUACAGAAAUGUCCUAAAGCCAUCAAUACACAGAAGGAUGAUGGGUACACAGCGCUCCACCUCGCCGCCUGUAUGGAUCAUGAUGACAUCGCCAAAAUCCUGCUGCAAAAUCGUGCAAGGACAACGAAACAGACAGAAGCUGAGGGUCAGACACCACUUCACAUCGCGGCUAUCUAUGGCAGCUACAAAACAGCGAGAUGUCUCAUUGAAGAAGGGAAGGCCAAUGUUAAUGCCCCAGACGAGAAUGGAAACAAUGCCCUUCACCUUUGUCUGAUGGGGAGACCUGCUGUUAUGGAGUUUGCAAAGAUGCAGAAGGCGGACUCGGGCCAGACAGACAGCUCUCUGGAGAAGGAGAAGUUGGAGAUCGCGGCGCUGCUGAUCCAACAUAACGUACAGACAGAGUUGAGGAACAACGAGGGGAAGACGCCGCUGGAGGUCGCCGUGUCUCCAUCCCUGAGGGAGAAGGUGGAGAACCUCAUACAGGAAAAACUGAGUCCAUCAGUACGCCCCAAAAAACCACCACAAUGUCAAGCCUGUGAGGAAGAGGAUGCCACACUAAAAAUAAAACCCUGUGGCUGCCGAGUCUGUGAUGAAUGCAUACCAAAGCGACUCAAAAAAUGUCCUAACUGCGGUGAACUAGCUGCCGGUAAAGGCCAAAUGUGAAGUCAUAUGGAUCAAGUCACCUAGGUGUUAACAUUCUCUGAUGGUUAAGUGACAAAAAAUUACAUGUUUUAUUCAUACUAGACAUAAAACAAAGUGGGACCAAAGCAUUUGCCUCAUGUGACUCUAAAAAGAAUCUUUUGUACACGUCACAACAAUCUGAUAGAAAUGAUUAAAUUUAUUGUGACAAUGUUUUUUUUUUUGUUUACAUUUUUCUUUUAGGCUGCAUUCUGAAAUAUUUUAAAAAUUAUAUUGUGUAGUACAUGUACAUAAAUAUAUGCCCAUGUUUGCACUUUAAGAAAAGUAUGUUAAAAAAUCAUUAAUGCUUUUCGAUUUUGAAAGAUUUCAUUUUAUAAAAUUAUUAAAUGAAAAUACCCUUUAUCUGUCUUCAUGGGAAUUUGAUUGUUGGUAAUCAUUAAAUCUGAUGUUUGGAACAAAGAUUGCAUACUUCAGUUUGUAACAAAAUUUUUUAAAGGUGUUAUUAUUUGCAUGCAUAUACUUACUAGUACAUGUAUUUUAUUUCCUAGAAAUAAAAUUCUUUCACUUUAUGAAUUUAUGUUUUUGUUUGAAUUUUUUUCUCAUUUAAUUAUUGAAACUGAGUAAAAGGUUGAAAAGAAUUUCUUUUUUUUAAUUAAUAUAUUUUAAUUUAUUAACAUAAAGACAUGAACGGUAUGUUCUUAAUUUUUCCAAGGAUUUCUACUAAAUAGAAUGGACUUCUUUGAUUUCACUCCCCACUCUAAACUUAUUGGAUAGACUAACUUUAAAUCAUUUGAAAAAUGUUCAAUAAGGUCCCCCAACCGAAUAUGCAAGAUUCCUUUAGCAUUGUUCAAGAAUUACAUUGUUCAUCUGUCUUUUUUUGUAGCCAGUCCGUCUGUUAGAGCAAAAUAUGUGUUGUUCAUCCAUUUCUGACUGUGUUGAACUGAAAAACUUAUAACCAGCAAAGUGGAUGAUAUGAAAAUACAUUUGUUUAUUUUUGUUAAUUUUAUUAAUGAAUAAUUUUAUAAUAUUCUUUAGGGCCAUAAAAACCAGGGAUAGGGGCCCCCAAACAAGUUUUGCCAUACUACAUGUAUUAAAAACACUGCUACUUUCAAUGUGUUUAUGAUUCCUCAAUGAUAACGCUUGAAGAAGACCCCCCUUUUUUUCAUUUGCUUUGGUCACCUUCGUCCACUGAAAACCUUUUAUGCCCCCCCCCCCCCUCUUGAAAUUGCUUUAAUUAUUAUAUAUUACAUUGUACUUAUUGCAUACAUACGUUAAGUUUCAAUUCAUACACUGAAAUUUACUUGUAUUAUUAGUCAUUUAGUUUCUGAUACUUGCAUAAACAUUAAAUCAAAGCCAUUUUAAAUAUUAUAAAUUCUUAUGACUCA